AUGGACGACUCCGCUUUCGACGUAGAGACAGAUCUGUCUACCCAAAGUAUCCUUCUCGCAGCAGCAAAUCAUGAUAUACCCUCCCUCCGCAAUCUCCUCCGCAACACCUCUGCAAACGUGCAAGACGCCGAGACAGGCUUCACACCCCUCCACGCUGCGAUUGCCGCCUGCGAGCCUGUCGAUGGAGACACAUCUGCUGAAAAAAUAAACGGAGAGAAUGACGAUGCUAGGGAAGCUGAGUGCAACAACACAGAAGCCGCGACCAAGACGAUCAAGCUGCUGUUCGAAAAUGGCGCGAUAUGGAAUGAUUUGGACGCGAACGGCGAGACACCGGGAUGUAUUGCGCUGAGAAUAGGCCUGAAAGAGCCGUAUGAGCUCUGCGUAGAUGCUGGUGUGCGCGCUGAGCUGUUGUUGAGCCGGAUGGAUCAGUAUCAGCUGCUCAUGGGCGGGGACUCAGAUGACGAUGACGAUGAUGAUGAGGAGGAAGAGGAGACUGUUGACACUGGUAAGGAAGUGGCGACUGAGGAUGUUGAAAUUCUGGACAUCAGCCAGGAAGCCGCACCUGGCGACGAGUCUACCGAGAACCCAAACUACCUGGCGUCGAACCUGACCUUCGAUCGAGACAGGUUGACCGACGAGGCAGGGAACGGUGUCAUGAUGGAGUGGGAAACAACGCUGAUGCGUCAGUCAGCUAACCUGCUAGCACCUACGCCAGGCCUGCGGGUGUUGAAUGUCGGCCAUGGAAUGGGCAUCAUCGAUGGCAUCCUGCACGAUAAGCAGCCAAAAGCGCAUCACAUCAUCGAGGCGCAUCCAGAUGUGCUGAAGCGCAUGAAAGAACAAGGCUGGGACAAGAAGGCAGGCGUCGUCAUCCACGAAGGCCGGUGGCAGGACGUCGUGCCUGGCCUAGCCGAGAAAGGCGAGCUGUUCGAUGGCAUCUACUUCGACACCUUCGCUGAAGAAUACAAAGACCUCCGAGAAUUCUUCACAGAACACGUCAUUACGUUGCUUGAUCCUUCAGGUGGUCCAGCCGGUGAGGGCGGCAAGUUUGGCUUCUUCAACGGUAUGGGCGCGGACAGACAGAUCGUCUAUGACGUAUAUGGCAAAAUUGUUGAGAUGGACCUUUUCGAAGCAGGCUUCGAUACGGAAUGGGAGACGGUACAGGUGCCGGAUCUGGACGAGCAGGGCGAGUGGGAGGGGUUACGGAGAAAAUACUGGGUAUUGAAAGAGUAUAGGUUGCCCACAUGCAGCUUCAUAGGCUGA